AACCCAUAGAUUCUUCGAUCUUUCUCGUCCUGUCCGAAUCGGGCAUCCUCAAUCUCUUUCUCAAAUUCCCAAAGCUAUCACCUUGGAUCGAAGAAAACAAAACCCUGGCUCUCUCUAUGCGUUGUUCUGCUUUCUCCUUUUCUUGUGCAGAGCUAUCAACAUCUAUUUGAUUGAAAGCUAAGUCUCAAUCUUCGAACGGGGAGAAACAAAAGUGUGUAUGUGAAGACAAAUCCCCAAACAAGGAAAAAAAUGACCCACGUAUUGUUCCUUAAAGACCCAGCAAACACAUAAUCCGUGGUUUCUUUCUCUUGCCAUUUUCCUUUUGUUCUGCAGUGAUUUUGGUUUGUUAUUGUUUUCCUGCAAUGUUGUCCGAGUUUGGUGGUGGUCAUCAUUUCUAGGGUUGUGGGUUUCUUCUUCUUCUUCUUCUUUUUAAUCGAACCUCAUGGCGCUGUUCAGAAAGUUUUUCUACCGGAAGCCUCCUGAUGGGUUGUUGGAGAUUUCAGAGAGGGUUUAUGCUUUUGAUUGCUGCUUAAGCUCAGACAUGUUGGAAGACGACGAGUUUGGGGUCUAUGUGGGACGCAUAAUCUGUCAGCUACGAGAACAGUUUCAUGAUACUUCAUUCAUGGUGUUUAAUUUCCGUGAAGGAGAAAAGCAAAGCCAGAUUGGGAGAAUGCUAUCCGAGUAUGAUAUGACAGUCAUGGACUAUCCUCGUCAUUAUGAAGGUUGCCCUUUGCUGACAAUGGAAACCAUCCAUCACUUUCUGAGAUCUAGUGAAAAUUGGUUAUCGGUAAGUAAACAGAAUAUCUUACUGAUGCACUGUGAGCGAGGUGGGUGGCCAGUUCUGGCUUUUAUGCUUGCUUCUCUCUCGUUAUACCGCAAACAGAUUAGUGGAGAACAGAAAACACUAGACAUGAUCUAUAAGCAGGACCCUCGCGAGUUAUUACAGUUGAUGUCCCCUAUAAAUCCUCUGCCUUCACAAUUGAGAUAUCUUCGGUAUGUUUCAAGAAGGAAUGCCGGGUCACAAUGGCCUCCUCUAGACCGUGCUCUUACACUAGAUUGUGUCAUCCUUAGAGCGAUUCCUGAUUUUGAUGGUGAGGGUGGUUGUCGACCCAUAUUCAGGAUAUACGGUCAAGACCCUUUUAUGCCUGCAGAUCAAACAUCAAAGGUUCUUUUCUCGAUGCCCAAACGAAGCAAAGCUGUUCGCCAUUACAAGCAGGCAGAUUGUGGGCAGGUAAAGAUUGACAUCAACUGCCAUAUUCAAGGUGAUGUGGUGCUUGAGUGCAUUAACUUGGAUAGUGAACAUAAGAGAGAAGAGAUGAUGUUUCGGGCUAUGUUCAAUACAGCCUUUCUCAAAUCAAACAUUCUAAUGCUCAACCGUGAUGACAUUGAUGUUUCGUGGAGCUCAAUGGAUCGAUUUCCCAAGGUUUUCAGAGCUGAGGUUAUAUUUUCAGAGAUGGAUGUUGGUGGCAAUCUUGUUUCUGUUGGUAUGCCGCUUAUGGAGGAAAAAGAUGGCUUACCCAUGGAAGCAUUUGCCAAAGUUCAAGAAAUAUUCAGUGGCAUUGAAUGGUUGGAUCCAAAAUCUGAUGUUGCAGUGAAUGUCUUUCACCAAAUAACAGCAGCAAACAUUCUUCAAGAGAGCUUGGAAUCAGGUUCUCCUCAAAGCCCAUCACGAAGUUUAUUGGAAUCAGCUCUUGAGAAAGUUAAAGAGAAAACCAAGUUGAUGAUAGCGGAAAACGGGGCUGGAACUCCUAAUUCUGUCUCUGCUCAGGAGAAAGAAAACAACAAUGUCGCUUGGGACAAGCCUUGCACAGAUCCAAGUUCACCGCUUAAGAAGGUUGAACCUCAUGGACUUCGGGUUUCAGUCCAUAGAACAGCUCACUCUAAGAUAAUCUCCCCUUGGGUUGUCCUAAGUCCAGUAUCUUCACCAGUUUCAAGUCGUAAUCCCAAACAAGGAUCACCUGUAUCUAUAUCCAGAUAUCACAGUUCCCCAUCUAUCAUUGGCAUUACUUCUUUAUUGCAUGAUCAUGAUGAAUCUGAAGGUAAAGAGUCUACUUCAUCAUCCCCAGCUUCUAAGGGGACUUCACCAAUAAACCGACUGUCCAAGUUUAAUAGUUUCCCUUUUCGAACUAUAGGGUCAUACCCUGUUCCUGUUCCUCCUGCACCAUCACAGCAACAUUCUCAGCCACUGCCUUCUCCUCCACCGCCUUCACCACUGCCCAGAACAACCUCUUCUCCGCCGUCUCCAGCAGCAGUAGUGCCACUACCAGUACCACCUAGGGUUUCUCCUCUGUCCUCUCUGUAUUCCUCCUCUGCAUCAGAUUCUACCUGCAGUUCCACAGCGGCACCAGGGCCACCACCACCACCGCCACCACUACCUUUGAAGAACUUAACAAAUACAUCUGCCCCUCCACCCCCACCUCCACCUCCACCGCUGCUGCCUCUUUUGCAUUCCAGACAUCCUACUAGAAGUCAGUCUUCAUUAUUACCUGCGCCACCUCCACCUCCACCAUAUCUUCUAACACAUUCAGUAACCACAACAAGCCCUCCACCCCCACCGCCACCACCUUUGCGUUCUGGUUCUGUAUCAGGAACUGUAUCAUCCAUAAAUAAUCCAGCAGUGACAUCCCCGCCCGUGCCUCCUCCGCCAGCACCUGUACGUUUUUCUCAGUCUCAUAAUGGGGAUUGUGACAGAAAAAUUCCUCCAGUUCCUGGACCGCCAUUUGGUUUGAAAGGACGUGGGCUUUCACGGACCAAUCCUAGAGGUCAGUGUCAAACGAAAAAGACCAACUUGAAACCCUAUCAUUGGUUGAAGCUUACUAGGGUAGUGCAAGGAAGCUUAUGGGCUGAGGCACAGAAAUUUGGUGAAACUGCUAAGGCUCCAGAGUUUGACAUCUCAGAGCUUGAGAAACUCUUCUCCGCAUCUGCUCCUAACUCGGACAGUUGCAGUAAAGGUGGGAUAUUGGGUCGGAGCCCUUCAGGACGCAAAUCUGAGAAAGUGCAGCUGAUUGAACUGAGACGGGCAUAUAACUGUGAGAUCAUGCUUUCCAAAGUUAAAAUUCCUUUACCGGAUUUGAUGAGUUCCAUUCUUGCACUGGACGAGUUGGUGUUAGAUGUUGAUCAAGUUGACAAUCUAAUCAAGUUUUGUCCAACAAAAGAAGAAAUUGAAUUGCUCAAGGGCUACACUGGGGAUAAAGAGAAUCUGGGACGAUGUGAGCAGUUCUUUUUGGAAUUACUGAAAGUUCCACGGGUGGAAUCAAAGCUAAGGGUACUAUCAUUCAAGAUAGAGUUCCGCUCCCAGGUUUCUGACCUUAAAACAAGUUUGAAUGUUAUAAAUUCCGCAGCUGAUGAGGUUAGGAGCUCGGUUAAGCUAAAAAGGAUUAUGCAAACUAUACUUUCAUUGGGCAACGCUUUGAACCAUGGGACAGCAAGGGGCUCUGCUCUUGGAUUUCGAUUGGAUAGUCUUCUGAAACUCACUGAUACAAGAGCUCGGAACAAUAAGAUGACUCUGAUGCACUAUCUCUGUAAGGUACUUGCAGAAAAACUUCCAGAGCUACUUGAUUUUCCGAAAGAUCUGGUGAGCUUGGAGGCUGCAUCAAAGAGCCAACUAAAGUAUCUGGCAGAGGAGAUGCAAGCAAUUAGCAAAGGAAUGGAGAAACUUGUACAAGAGUUUACUGCAUCUGAAAAUGAUGGUCUGAUAUCAGAGCAGUUUUGUAAGAACUUGAAGGAAUUUCUUGGUUUUGCCGAAGGAGAAGUGAGGUCUCUGGCUUCUCUCUAUUCGACUGUGGGUAGAAGUGCUGAUGCUUUGGCUCUUUACUUUGGAGAAGAUCCAGCCCGUGUGCCUUUCGAGCAAGUUGUAUCCACCUUGCUGAACUUUGUCAAAAUAUUUGUACGGUCGCACGAGGAAAACUGUAAGCAACUUGAGUUUGAGAAGAAGAAAGCAUUGAAGGAAGCAGAGAGCGAGAGACUGAAAAUAAGUGGCAUUAAGGAGUAAGAAACUGAGGGUUGAAACAUGAGGCCACACCACACACACACACAUAGGAGAAGACACCAAAGUCCCUGUGUUCUCCUCUCUUACCCUCCUUGACUUUCCUUAGACCCCAAGCAAGCCAAAGCUACCACAGGAUGCGCAAACCAGAGAGGAGGUUAUAAUCUUGAAAGGACAGAACAUCCUGCGGAUUCUUAUCAGAUAUUUUCACCUCAUCUUUGCCAGAAACUCGGAGAAUUUUGUUGAGAUCGUUCUCUGACAAGACAUUGUUCGGAUUUAGGUUAGGAAGAAAAUGGAGGAACCCAUUUUUCUGGUAGACAGAGACGAAAACUGGCGUUAAGCUAUGAAGGAGAAGCUUAUGAAGAUUUGAAGAUUCAGAUUUUGUUUGAUUGAAGCAGAUUCACAGAAAGGCUCCCCUGUUUAUUUGCUGAAACAUGUUGCUUCUUGUAUAUUGUUGUUGGGAGUGGAAGGGGAUGAAUAUAUGUAUAUAUCAUCUAACAACAUUGGAAGUUUUUGCUUCAAGUUAAAAAAAAAAAA